AUGAGCUUCGAAGUCCCUGCGCAGGGAAUUGCUGUUCCUGCCGCGGCAGCAGAUGCUGCCGAGAAGGCGUUGGAAACCCUGCAGCGUUGUGGGGUCGUGCAGCUGCUUGGCGGCUACGAAUUACAAAGCUUGGACCGGUUUCAACAGGACGGGUUGAAGAAGCUCACAGAAGGUCUACAAGAAGCUCCUGGAUCAGAAGCAGCUGCAUGA